ACUUCAGACCUUUCUGUACUUAAGUGUACUUGCAAGUUGUGCUGUUCUAAAAUACACCCAGCUUUCCAUGGGUUCCGAGGAGAUUGGCUGUCGCACAACUCUUUCCCAAUAGUGAACGUCGAAAGAUACUUAUUUUUUGUCAGUCUUGCUGCAAGUCUUGGAUUACCUGGCUGGUCCCGAGACUCGUCGCACACGUACGUGUACGUGACAGCACCCAACGCUACCGUCCUCGCCAAAAUCCGUGCUACGGCUGCGCUGGGAAUCCAUGGGAUUACACCUGCCUUUCAUCGAGUUUCUGCGCACUGCCACCGACAGAAACUACAGCAUGUUCUAGAAGCGCACCAGGCCCUUGAACAUUGUGAUUUUACAGCACAUGCAACGUCGUGGGAGUUCUGUGACUCAUUGUUUCACCACAGGACACCGUCACGUGGACUUUUGGCCACCGUAGCCAAAAACCACUGACAUUGUGGUUUAGUUUUCAUAUAUCGUGACAACAUUGGCUUAUCAUAGUAGUCGAACAUCGUGCCCUCGCCACAGGAGGCCUUUCUGAAUAAUUACAGUUUCACCGAUAAACGGUAGGCAGCGCUGAAUUCCUCAUGGUUGUUUGAAUGCACAUCCUGGAUACACUUCUACAACGUCCUGAUAACAAACAAUAUUUGCGGCUGAUCCUGGAUAAAGAUCGAGUUACAACAACAAACACGAGAAAAAGCUUCUGCGCUGGUCGAAAACAGUUGUUAAAAUGCAACCACCUUUCAAAACAUAUAAAGAUUACAAUCAAAUGACAAAUCAAAGAGCUAUGGCGUGGGCACUUGUACAGGUGUUGGGAGCAUUGUUGUUGCUGAGAUUUCCUUCAACGGAUGCUGGAAGCUUAGAAUGCACAACCGAGGCAGCUGACGACAUCUGCGAGGUGUCUAAGGAACUUUUCAGGAAAUUUUCCAACGACUUGAACUGGGAGAUGCGUGUCCUUAAAGACGCAGAGACAGACAAAGUCGUCCUGGAGAGACUCACGGAGACCAAUCGGAACGUGUCGGAGGAAGUUCAGAGGUGGGUGGCCAAGAUGACCAAGGACACGAGAAAGGCUAUAAUGGAUUCAAUGCCAAUAGACUUUUUGGCGGAAAAGAUUGCAGUAUACAGCAUCUCCACCAAGAACAGCGCCACCAUGACGGAGAAGAGGUCCAACUCGGUACUGCAGCGAGGUAGCGGGCUGAAGGACAGGAGAGGCCGUUUAGUAGAUGAUUUGGAAGAGCACUUGUCAGAUACAAGAAAAACCCUCCGUCAAGCCCGCCAAGACGUUUACACAAUGCAGUCCGGGAAGGUCUCUAACUUCAAUCCCAUUCUAAGAAGGGCAUACCUGGAAAAAGUGGCAGCUGAGGAAACACGAGACGACUCUAAGAGCUGGGUCAUCACCAGAAUAAGGAACAAAGAGGUCGAGUUUACAAAGAGCCUGGAUGACCUCGCACAGCAGGUGGACAGAGCGGAUGAAAAGGUGAGAAUAGCGGAGCAGCUAAACGCGGCUAACGCUGACCGCCCCCGCCGGGACCUGAUGAACACCGUGCACGGGGAGGGGAACAGCCUCAUCGCGGCAGUCAGUGCCGCCCGACGGGUCAGGGAAGAUGUGGAGAGGGCUCUGGACGGCGCCAAGGAGUUAAAGAACAUCUUGAAGAACAACUCCCGACAGACUGUGGCCACCAUCGCCAUGUACGAGCGGGUGCAGGAGGUGGGGGACAUGUCUGUCGUGGAGAACCGGACAGAAGCAGCAAAACAGCAUGCCGAGUACCUGCUGAACAAGACCAGGGACAUAGAGUGGCUAAGAUCUAGUGGAGGAAUUGUAUCCCAGAAGGCAUUGCAGGCCCUGGUGACGUAUCAAAACGUGGCUGACAUGAUAAAGGAGGCGGACAAGUUCUCAGCAGAGGCCCUCACGUUCGAGAAUAUUUCUGACAUCAAAAUCCGCAACCCAAAGCGAAAAAGUAGUAUCUGGAUGGACCAAGCCCUCGGCCGGAAGUCCACAGUUGAUGACGGACUGAAGCCCCGCGCAGACGCCUUGAUGGAGACCACUGCUACUAUGACAUGGAAGCUUCACAGCGGGAGGGAUCAGCUGAAAAACAUAGAGGCAGCUCUCAACAGGUGCAGAAGUCCGGACCCGCCCAUUUACCGGAAAAAGAAGAUCAACAGGAGCAAGCGGAAAGUCGCGCGGGCGAACGCUGCAAUCGAAGAUAUCAUUUCAGGAAAAUACUUGGUUGAUGUUGGACUGUCAAAGCAUGCAAGGAGUGUGAGCAACUUGGAGGAGGCCCUGCGAUGGUCCGAGCGACAUUCUAUCAAGGAGGAUCUUGCUGACACAAAAAGCAAGCUGAGUAGCAUGCAUUCAAGUAUCGCAGAAGCGAAAGAGAUCAAAGAGGAGCUGCAAAUGCAAUUCGCCUACACCAGCGCUGUUGUGGACAGGGACAGGGUGACCGAGAGCAUCAAGGCCAUUCAGGACAUGAUCAGGAAGGCUCGGUACAAGGCUGCGCAGAUAGCCAUUCCGAUGAACUUCGGACGGACUAGCAUUGCCAGUCGACACGGUACAGCCGUCAGACUUGAGCAGCCGGAGGUCCUGGAAAACCUGUCCAACCACAAGAACUACUUCACUCUGUCAUUGGACGUCAAACCCAAGGACCAUGAUGGAACGAUAUUGUUCAUUGGUGAUCCAAAAAAUGCUACCGGGGAUUACUUCGGGCUGGAGCUCGUGGCGGGGAAGGUGCGGGCGUCCUUUGACCUGAGCGGCGGGUCCGGUCGCUUCUUCGUGUCCGCCUACCGCACCAACCUGGCCCUGGACAGCUGGUGUAAUAUCAAGGUCGAAAGGGUUGGUAAUUUUGCCAAGGUCAAGGUGGAGUCAGACAUCACCAACCUGGAGACUUCCGGAACUGACGGGUCCAACUACAUCCUGUUUGACCUCCCGAGGGAUGCUGGGAUAUGGGUCGGAGGCGUACCGGAAGGCUCAAACCUCCCAGAAAAUAUGGCGUUGGAGGGAAAAAGCUUCACCGGAAAUAUUGACAACCUGAAGAUUGGGGAGAUUCCCAUCAGCCUCUGGAACUUUCGAGAACACCACAAGAUGCUGUCCCCUACCGUCAAGCCUGACAGGAAAAUGAAAGCCUCCAAGUCCUACCGGAGUGUUUAUCUUGACGGCAGCGCCUACAGCUACACCAACCCUGACCGGACGUCUUCUGUAGAUAUCUUCAAACAGGAGAACAUCGUGCAGAUGAUGAUCAGGCCUGUCAGCGAGGAAAGUCUGCUGUUCUUCCUGGGAGACAAGUCUUAUUAUAUCUCCCUGGAGCUGCUCGCCAACAGACUUGUGGCGAAGACAAAGUUGGGCAGCGGAAACCCUCCUGCAGUGGUUCAGUCGGAUAACACUGUCACAGACAUGCUCAAACAGCUUUCCAUUGGGUUCAUACAGAUCACCGCGCUGACCAACACCGCCACGCCUCAGUGUGACGGACACGUCUCGCAGCGGUUUCUGGCUCUCAUUACUAACCAGGAUGUCAAGUGUGUGGAGAUGGAGCUGCCGUCUGAUGAAGCUUCGCAGGAGAUCGGCAGCCAGGCCUACAUCGGAGGUCUCCCACCGUCGUUACGACCCAAUGAGAUAUCAUCCGAGGUGUACGAGGGAUGUGUGAAGAACCUUCACAUCCAGCGGAUGUACAGGCAGAUAGAAAUCUUCAACGGUGGCAUCAUAGGUGGCUGCCCGUCAUUGGUCCAGGAGCUUCACUUCACCAACCCUGACACUAACUACCUGGAGAUGGCCUGGGUGAGCGGGCGGUCCGUGUACCGGAACUUUGACGCCACCUUCGCCUUUCAGACAAGUCUGGACAGCGGCCUGAUGCUGUACGUGAUGGGAGACACAGAGAAAAACUCUUGGGCGGUGUCUAUGACCAAUGGAAGUGUGAUGUUUGCGAUGUUCGGGGACCCAACAGGAGAAGCGAAAAGAAUGACGAGUGUGUCACGGUACGACGAUGGGAAGGAACACUACGUCAGGGUCUCUAAAGAAGGCACGAGAUUGACUAUGCAUAUAGAUGACAAAAGGGACAUCCCAGCCACUGAAGUGGAGGAUACUCUGCUGCAGACCCCGCACCUUCUGCUAGGGGGCGUGGCUCCCGGAAUGGCUCCCUUGACGACAGGACAGACAUGGCUCGUGGACAGCAACGACCGAUUUGUCGGAUGCAUGAAGCACUUGCUUGUGUCAUAUGACAAUACAAGAGGAGAGGUCAUAGACUUUGUGAACAAGGAGCGACGUCAAGACGUCACAUUUGGAUCUUGCUGAGGUUAAUAUGCAAGGUGAGAAAUUAGCGUGAUGUCCACGCGAAAAAGAGACACCUAGCGGAGCAGCGUCAUCCUCCAGCUGAAGUCACCCUCUAAGCUUGACCGGCUCCCUGUUUUGGACCAAGAUAUCUAUGCCCACCGAUACGCUAAGUCAAUAAUAAUUUCCAAAUAAUCUGAACAGUCAAACCUGUAUUCAGUAACAAGUGGUUGUUAAAAACGGGGCUGUGACUCGAGGUGGUUUGCGCCAGGUCGUAUUUAUGAUAUGACAGCAUGCGUGCUGGUUAUUGACUAAAAAUUAUUUCCAAAUGGGACAGUGACCAAUCUGACUCAUUGAUCAUAACGGGAAUAUUUGAUAUGCCUUGAUACUGCAGCGUUGAUAAUAUUCGACAGGAACUAUAUCAUUGCAUAAUGAUAAGACGGCAUAUAAGCAACUUUUGUAAAUUAAAAUUUAUGAACAGGAUUAACAACUUUUGGUUCUAUAUUUUUUCUAAUUUAUUGAGAUGUAAUUAUAAGAAAGUAGGUAGUCUAGAAGACGGUGAGGACCAUACCAUGUGUUAAUCAGUAUAGAACAGUAUAAAAUAGCAUCUUCCUUUCAGUAGAAAAAUAAACAUAGUUCAGCUUAGAAAUA